GCUUUCAAGGGUUCUACAUUUAUUUAUUUAUUUUUUAAAUAAGGUCAAUUUUUCGGUAGCGUAGAUCAAUCUCAAGCAAUUUUAGUUUUGCCAUUUUUCUUAUCUGGCUGAGAAACAAAACCUCCUGCAGCUCUUUUUGUUGCUCUUCUUCUCCAUCUGUUUCUGCAUGUUGCACUGCUAAAACAGAACACUCCACUAAGACCAGCAAGAAGCAUCAACCUCCAAUUUUCUUCUCCUUUCACAGCAAAUUAUUGAACAUAUCAUUGCCAAUUCUCUUUUGAAAAUGGCAUGAAUUGUAACUGUUUGAUAUGAAAGUAUUGAUUAAGGAAAAUGAGAAUAUAUCAAACCCUAUCCUUGGUAUUACUCUGCCUUGUAAAACUCAAUAAUUGGGCAGAGUGUAGCAAGGAAGGUUUGGACAUACAGUAUGAUGGCAGGAAAGUAUUUUAGAUAUGGCAUUUACAUUUUUAAAAAGCAUAUUUUUAAAAUAGCCGUUCUUUCUUUCCCCAGGCUUGCUGCUAAGCAAAUUAGUGAUGCACCAAAUGUGCUCAAGACAAGCUUUGUAGGGAGAUGUAGUGUAUUUUAAUAGAGUAACUAUUAAAUUUGGAAAAAAACAGGCAAGCUUCUGAGCUCUCAAAGCAUUGUUCAGGGCUGAAAAAGAAAGUUGGACAGACCUGGGGAAAGAUUUGUGGUGCUCAAAACUUGUGUGUUUAUUCCAGCUGUACAAGCUGAUCUAAUAAAAGAUGCCUGUCCUAUUAAUAUUUUUUUUCAUACCCUGCUAUAUAUCAUGGCUGCAGCAGCACUGGUGUUAAUUGCCCUAUUUUUUUUUUUAGCUAGAGUUCCCAUUUUCAGUUAUACUGCUGUUUUGAAAAUAACCCUUUGAAUAAACCUGUUGAUAUGACAAAAACCUAAAUAAAAUGUUCCCCAGCAAUUCAGUCUGGCUGUGGCUUUUUAAAGAUCACACUGCUGUUUCAGCUCCAAGAAAGGUGGGAGAGAUUCCUGGCAGACUAGGCGAUAUCGUGGCCUGCCCCAGUCUACUCUUUAAACAGCUGUGCAGUUUUCAGUUCCUUUUCACAACUUGCUUUUCUUUCCCCUGUCCCUCUCUGCUGCUUCUGCCAGAGCAUUAUCAGAUGAGCGUGCUGGAGUCUGCUCCCGUCAGCUCCACUGUGGGCCGCGUGGUUGCUAAAGACUUGGAUGAAGGCAUUAAUGCAGAGAUGAAAUACAGCCUCGUGGAUGGAGAUGGACUGGAUGUCUUUGAUAUUAACACUGAUCCUAAUUACCAAGUUGGCAUCAUAACUGUAAGAAAGCCUCUAAGCUUUGAGAGCAAGAAAAGUUACACGUUGAAAGUAGAGGGUGCCAACCCCCACCUGGAAAUGCGAUUCCUGAACCUGGGUCCCUUCCGAGACACCACCACGGUUCACAUCAGCGUGGAGGAUGUGGACGAGCCUCCUGUGUUUGAGCCCAGCAUUUACUUUGUGGAGGUGCCUGAGGACGUGGAGAUUGGAACCACCAUACAGAUCAUUUCUGCCAAGGACCCAGACGUGACCAACAACUCGAUCAGAUACUCGAUUGACAGGAGCAGCGAUCCGGGGCGGUUCUUUUAUGUCGACAUUACAUCAGGAGCACUGAUGACUGCGAGACCUCUAGAUCGGGAGGAUGUUUCUUGGCACAACAUCACAGUGCUGGCCAUGGAGCUGAACAAUCCCUCGCAGGUGGGCAGUGUCUCUGUGACUGUGAAAGUCCUGGAUGUGAAUGACAAUGCGCCGGAGUUUGCAAGGUUCUACGAAUCUUUUGUUUGCGAAAACGCCAAAGCAGGACAGCUGAUCCAGACAGUGAGUGCCAUCGACCGGGAUGACCCACAGGAUGGUCAGCACUUCUACUACAGCCUGGCUCCGGAGGCAGCUAACAACCCCAACUUUACUCUGAGGGACAAUCAAGACAAUACGGCGUGGAUUUUGACAAGGCGCUCUGGCUUCAGACAGCAUGAGCAGAACACCUUUUACCUCCCCAUCCUGAUCAGUGACAACGGCCGCCCCGUGCUGAGCAGCACGGGCACGCUGACCGUGCACGUGUGCAGCUGUGACGAUGACGGCAUGGUGAUGUCCUGCAACGCUGAGGCCUACGUCCUCCCCGUCAGCCUGAGCAGAGGGGCACUCAUUGCAAUCCUCGCCUGCAUCUUUGUCCUGCUAGUGCUGGUGCUCCUCAUCCUCUCCAUGCGGCGCCAGCGGAAGCAGCCGUACAUCAUGGAUGAGGAGGAGAACAUCCAUGAGAACAUCGUCAGGUAUGAUGAUGAAGGCGGUGGGGAGGAGGACACGGAGGCCUUCGAUAUCGCCGCCAUGUGGAACCCACGGGAAGCCCAGCUUGUGUUAAAAAGCAGGCAGGACAUGCUCCCUGAGAUAGAGAGCCUCUCCAGAUACGUGCCUCAGGCAUGCGUCAUGGACAACAACGUCCAUAACUAUGUGCUCGCCAAGCUGUAUGAGGCUGACAUGGACCUCUGGGCUCCUCCCUUUGACUCCCUCCAGACGUACAUGUUUGAAGGGAACGGUUCAGUGGCAGAGUCACUCAGCUCCCUACAGUCGGUGACAACAGACUCAGACCAGAGCUACGACUACUUGACAGACUGGGGGCCACGCUUCAAAAAGCUGGCCGAGAUGUACGGUGCCACGGACAGCAGUGGGGCUCUGUGGUAAUGGGCAAGGAAUUGCAGAGGGGUUUCCAUCGAAACGGUGUCCGAUAAGGUCCAUUCUCAUCAGAUGCUUCCAUGGACAUGGGUGAGGCCUCCUAAAAUAGCAAUACAGUGCUUGAAUGAGAAUGGGAAGAAGGGUGUGAAUGAAGGUCUCUCUGGAUCAGCUUUACUCAGUUAAAUUAAGUCACGUUUUGAAACAAUGAGAAGCAGAAGGAAGAAAGUUUUUCCUGCUUUUUUACAGAAAAAAAAAAUGGAAAGCUCCACUCCUAGAAUAUAAUGACAUUACUUUCCUUUUCUGUCCCUCCCCUUUCCUUCUCUUGUAAACGGCAGCUUACUGAGCUCUAUACGUAUGGGUUCAAAGACCUGUAAACUCCAAUUGUAAUCUCCAUCUCACUGAGAAAUUAUCAGCACAGAAAAGAAAAUAACCCCACUGGUUAUUUUUCCCCCCAUUAAAAAGGAGGGGACAUAAAGAAGAAGGAGAAAAAAAGAAAAAUAAUAAAAAAAAAAAAAAAGAAAAAAAAAAAGCUUGCUAGCAAGAGAAAAAAAAAAAAAACACAGAGCAGAAAAUUGAAACUGGGAUCUCAGAGGUCUCUUUGUAAACUAAACCUCCUCUCUCUGUUGCUAUCAGAGUUCUUUUUUAAACCUUUAGAAACAAGGCUGAGAUUUUUUUUCCACCUGGCUGAGAGGGCUGGGGAAGAGGCUUUGAAUAUCUGCUCUAGUUUAAUGGCUGAUCUAUGAGUCAUUGACGUUAAUACUAAUCCAUCUCCUAUCAAGUUUGUGUAAAUUUAUUCUCCUCUUGACUCUUUAAAACCAUUACACUGCUAAACUGCUCAGAACAAAACCAGAAAAUCUGCCUCUUUUGCACUGUAGAUGUCUCUUCCACGUGCCAAAUGUGAAGAUUAGAUUCUACGAACGAAAGCCAAAUAAAUUUUAAAAAAAGAAAAAAGUAAAAAAAUAAAAAAUAAAAAUUAAAAAAUAAAUAAAAAAAUAAAGCUAUAUUUGGUAACUACAUGGGUUAGAUGGGCUUUCCUAAUCUGUGUGAGGUCAAUCCAAGGGAUGUUUACAUACUGUAGAUAACCUACUUGAACAAAUGCAGUAUUAUAGACCAAUAAAUGGAUGUAAGAAAAUUACAUGUAUAAGUUUUGUAUAUUUGUUAAUUUUGGUAAUAAAUAUGAUGUACUGCAUACAGUACGGGACCUUAGCACCUCUUUUAAUAAAAGUUAAACAGAA